CAGCAAACUUGCUAACGCGUAUGUACGAAGCACCGCACGCAACAAUAUUAGCUGAGCAGAGUUUCGAGUUAGCAGCAGAAGCAGCAGCAGCAGCAGCUUAACCCCGCCCGCACUCACUCACGUUCACUCUCUCUCUCUGACUCUCCCAUUUUUCCACUCUCUUUUGGGAGUCAUCGAAAACGAAGCAGCAGCAGCCGCAGCCGCAGCCGCUAACGCAGCAGCAAGCUUUUAUUUAGACAGUCGCGACGGCGCGCUCGUUUCAAUUAGACGCAAAGUUUUUUUGUGACGUUUCGAAUUCGCCUUGUUUUUCUGUGGAAAUUGCAAUUUGAAGAAUAAAUGUCGUUUUUUUUCGUGUGUUGUGUUCAAGUGCAAUUUGUAUGAAGCCAACAACAAUAACAAUAACUACAACAAGAGCAGCAACAACAAUUUGCUUGGUCUGAACCAGUAGCAAAACACGAAAGCAACAAUCCCAACGCAGACGUCCCCAACCAAUUGUUAACAUUUCCACUAACAACAACGGGCUGAGGAUAGACAAGCAGCAAAAUGUCGCCAAAAUCGCUAAAUGUGCGCGUCACAACAAUGGACGCCGAACUGGAGUUUGCCAUUCAGUCGACAACGACCGGCAAGCAACUGUUCGAUCAGGUGGUCAAGACGAUUGGAUUGCGUGAGGUUUGGUUCUUUGGUCUGCAGUACACUGACUCAAAGGGUGACUCCACAUGGAUUAAGCUAUACAAAAAGCCUGAAUCGCCGGCCAUAAAGACCAUUAAGUAUUUGAAACGCGUUAAGAAAUAUGUGGACAAAAAGACCGCUGAUAGCAAUGGACACAAUCAGACGGAUGAGAGCGAGGAAGAUGAUGAUGCCGACGAUAUGACUGGAUCAAUGCCGUUCUCCACAUGGGUGAUGAAUCAGGAUGUGAAAAAGGAGAAUCCGUUGCAAUUCAGAUUCCGUGCCAAAUUCUAUCCGGAGGAUGUGGCCGAGGAGCUCAUACAGGACAUCACACUGCGCCUGUUCUAUCUGCAAGUGAAGAAUGCCAUAUUGACCGAUGAGAUCUACUGCCCGCCGGAGACGUCGGUGCUGCUGGCCUCCUAUGCGGUGCAGGCGCGUCACGGUGAUCACAAUAAAACCACUCACACAGCCGGUUUCCUAGCGAACGAUCGCUUGUUGCCACAGCGCGUCAUCGAUCAGCACAAGAUGUCCAAGGACGAAUGGGAGCAGUCGAUAAUGACCUGGUGGCAGGAGCAUCGCAGCAUGUUGCGCGAGGAUGCCAUGAUGGAGUAUCUGAAGAUUGCCCAGGAUCUGGAAAUGUAUGGCGUUAACUAUUUCGAGAUACGCAACAAGAAGGGCACCGACCUAUGGUUGGGCGUCGAUGCGCUCGGCCUUAACAUCUACGAGCAGGACGAUCGACUAACGCCCAAAAUUGGCUUCCCCUGGUCCGAGAUUCGCAACAUUUCGUUCUCUGAGAAGAAGUUCAUUAUCAAGCCAAUUGAUAAGAAGGCGCCGGACUUUAUGUUCUUUGCGCCGCGCGUUCGCAUCAACAAGCGCAUCCUGGCCCUCUGCAUGGGCAACCAUGAGCUCUACAUGCGUCGUCGCAAGCCCGACACGAUCGAUGUGCAGCAGAUGAAGGCGCAGGCGCGCGAAGAGAAGAAUGCCAAACAGCAGGAGCGUGAGAAGCUGCAGCUGGCUCUGGCAGCACGUGAGCGUGCCGAGAAGAAGCAGCAGGAGUAUGAGGAUCGACUCAAGCAAAUGCAAGAGGAGAUGGAGCGCUCGCAGCGCGAUCUGCUUGAGGCACAGGAGAUGAUUCGGCGAUUGGAGGAGCAGCUGAAGCAGCUGCAGGCCGCCAAGGACGAGCUUGAGCUGCGCCAAAAGGAGCUGCAAUCUAUGCUGCAGCGCUUGGAGGAGGCCAAGAACAUGGAGGCCGUCGAGAAGGCCAAGCUGGAGGAGGAGAUCAUGGCCAAGCAACAGGAGGUGCAACGCAUUCAGGACGAGGUUAAUGCCAAGGACGAGGAGACCAAACGCCUUCAAGACGAGGUGGAAGAGGCACGCCGCAAGCAGGCCGAAGCUGCUGCUGCGCUGUUGGCGGCAUCAACCACGCCGCAACACCAUCACGUGGCCGAAGAUGAGAACGAGAAUGAGGAAGAGCUGACGAAUGGCGAUGCCGGCGGCGAUGUGUCACGCGACCUGGACACAGACGAGCAUAUCAAGGAUCCCAUCGAGGACAGACGCACGCUGGCCGAGCGCAAUGAACGCUUGCACGAUCAGCUUAAGGCGUUGAAGCAAGACCUGGCGCAGUCACGCGACGAAACGAAAGAGACGGCUAAUGAUAAGAUUCAUCGCGAAAAUGUGCGUCAGGGACGCGACAAGUACAAGACGUUGCGCGAGAUCCGCAAGGGCAACACAAAGCGUCGCGUCGAUCAGUUUGAGAACAUGUAAAGCGCUCGCCAUGCGCCCCCCUCCCCUACAUGGAACUAUCUAUAUCCUAUAUCCCAAGCCAAUCUAACCACCAUGAAAUUCGACGCAGCGCGCCACUUAUCACUCCUCAAUAGCCAACUAUUCAAUAUUCAAUGCAGACCAACUGGCCGAACUUUUGCAGAUUUUGUUUAAUUAUUUUUUUUUAUUUGACCUUUUGUAUAGAAGAAGAAGAAGUGGAGGACGGGAAAUAAAAUGUGUGUAUUUAUGGAGAGUAUUAGUUAAAGGAAAAUAAAUGAAAAUGGUUUUGACAUUCAAGUGUUGAACACAAUCACACAAUCAAUCAAUCAAUCAAGCUAUCAAGCUGACAAAUCCCUUCCUUCCCUUAUUCGCUUAGCUUAACAAUAUUUUCAAUUGGUCGCAAACUUUUUUGUUACAUACAAAAAAAGAAGAAACGCAAAUGCCCCGCCCCCACGCCAACCAUUUUCUUUGCGCGCAUCAAAAUGAGAGAAACAACUACACUAGCUACAACAACAACAACAAUAACAAGAUGAGAAAUCAACAACAACAACAAG